AGAGCACGGGCUUCAGUGGCUCGGCGCGCGUCACCGGGUGUGGGUGUCGUUGUUGCCCUGGGGGCUUAAACCAUUCCAUACGCCUGCUUGCGGAUUCUUUCGGACCGGUUGGGGGGAAAAGAAUAUAAAUACAUCCCCACGGCUAGAAACACAUUUUCUCUACAACGGAAAAGUUGACUUGUGACUCACUAUCACACCGAAGUGUUUAUCUGUUUUGCUUCCGGAAUUUUUUUCUUUUUGUUUUUUGCGAAUUGGCAUGGAACUGACGUGACAAGAAAAAAAAGUGACUGUGAAAAUCUCCGUGGUCCGUACUUUGAAAAACGACUGAAGAAAAUGGCUGCGUACCUAGCCCUGUGUGUGAUUCUUUCCGCUAUUGUGGGUAUUUCAGCGCAUAGAGGAGUAUCUGUCUCGUCCGCCGGUGCGCCUCGGUUCCUGUCUCGUGGUCAGACGUACCGCGCCGUGAUUGGAGACACGCUCGUGCUGCCUUGCGAGGUGGAGAACAUAGGCUCGUACGUGCUGCUGUGGAGGCGAGGCAGCGCCGUACUGACGGCCGCCAACCUGAUGGUCACCCGCGACCCUCGUUUCCAGCUGGUGGACGGAUACAACCUGCAGAUCGGCGACCUCGUGCCCCAAGAUGCCGGCGACUACGUGUGCCAGAUCAGCGACGGCGACAACCGCGACCAGAUACACACCGUCGAGAUCCUGGUUCCGCCCAGCAUACGCAUGAUUCCCUCCAACGGACAGCUGAAGGCGCGGAAAGGCGGGACAGUGACCUUGGAGUGCAAGGCCUCAGGCAACCCUGUGCCCAGCAUCUACUGGUCCAGGAAGGACAGCGUUCUGCCGAGCGGAGAUAAGUCCGUGGAGGGCUUCUCCAUCACCCUGGAGAAGGUGGACAGGCACCAGUCUGGAGUCUACCAGUGCACGGCGACCAAUGGCGUCGGGGAACCAAUCACCGUCGACAUGCAGCUGGACGUAUUGUAUCCUCCCGAGGUGGAGGUGGAGCGCAGCUGGGUGCACUCCGGAGAAGGCUACGAGGCGCAGCUGGUGUGCAUAGUGCACGGGGAGCCCCCGCCACAGGUGAUGUGGUACCAGGACAACUUGACGCUGGACCCCAGCGAGCGGCGGACCAUGGACAGCCGCGGCAACAAGCACACCCUCACGGUGCGCAACGUGCAGGGGACGGACUUCGGCAACUACAGCUGCGUGGCGGAGAACUCCCUUGGCCGCUCCAAGAACUACAUGGAGCUUUCCGGCCGGCCGAGCCCCGCCGAGUUCCGCAGCGCGCCCUUCAGCCGCUCCAAGGACACCUACAACCUGACCUGGGUGGUCGAGAGCUACCCGCCGCUGGAGGAGGUCCGGCUACUCUACAGGAAGCUGCACAUGAACGAGACGUACCAGAGCGCCGGCAAGUGGAACGACGUGAUCCUGAGGCCGCCCAGCGACGAGACCUUCACGCACACCAUGUCCUACACCAUCCGCCACCUGGACCACGGCUCCGUGUUCGAGGCGAUCGUGCAGGCCAAGAACAAGUACGGCUGGAACGAGGUGUCCGACAUGUACCAGUUCUACACGCGCGGAGCGGAACCCGAGAUGGAAGAUAUGGAACUAAUCGCAAGUUCAAAGGCACCGCACAAAUCUUUACCCUGUAGAACUACAUUUACAGUGAUCGUUGCUGUGACGAGUAUAGUUUACAACUUAUAGAAGAAUCUCGUCAACGUGCCAAAAAGUGAACAGUUUUCUUACGCUAAUGUCUUGGAACGCUACCAGACACUUUGAGACAUUCUUAAAGGAAUAUAGUUUGGAAGAACAUCGAUGACCAAAAAACCAAGGGAACUUUUGAAAACGAAUGGAACUUGGGUUCUGCAAUUUCUGUCUACGUGAGCAAAACUUGGUCUCUUCAAACGAACGUGUUGUGAACAUGCGCGACAUUAAAAGUGUUACAAAAAUAUGUGACGGUGAAUUUUGUAGUUACUCAGAUCCAGAUUAGCGUUGAAAUGUACUCGAGUGCGCGUGAAAUAAGUAAAUAAAUAACUUUCUAGGAUAAAACAACGAUCAAGUGUGAAAAAAAUAAUUUAUCUGUAUUUUUGAAAAGAAAAAAACUUGUAGUAUAAUUGAUCUGUCCUUUGCUGGAAAAAGUUCCCAGGUUUUGAAUGCACCUAUUUUUGUCGUGAUUUUUUAAAAUGAAAAUGACAAAAUAUUAAUGAUAAGACGUAAAUAAGCAGUGUCAAUUUAGCAUGAAGCUUCCUUCAAAAGUAUAUUUUGAGAAAUUUUAUAAAGCAUAUUUUAUGUUUCUAUAAAUUAUUAACCGAGGUUUAUUAAUUUUUAUUUCAAAAUAAAUAUUGGUUUUCUUUGUUUACUUAUCAUAAUUUAAUCACGCCUAACAAUAGUAAAACCUCUCUGGAUUUGAAUUAAAUGAUAAUGUUUUUGCUGUGUUAGUAACUUGACAUUUUAUUUCUAUACGUUUUACAUUCACUAUCAAUUUAUAAUAUCAAUGUUUUUAAUUAUUUAUUGUUUAUAAGAUUUAUGUGGGAAAACUAUAUUCUCCUUUAAUUUCUAAAUUUACUAUAUAACUUCAUGACUAAAAUCACCAUAUUAAAGUUUAAUUUUUAUGUCUUACUUUAUAAGAAACAUAAUGUAAAAACAUAAAUGAGAUUGAAACAGUUAGUCUAUUUAUUGUGCAGUGAAAUGAUUGCACCAUAUUUAUUAUUUUUUGCUAUUUUUCUUAAUGUCACAGGUGAUAAGAAUAUUUAAACUAUUUUUCAUGAUGCAAUUUUAUUGUUGCGUUUAUGAAAAACCAGUUGCUUACCUUAAAUUUACGACUGUAAUGCGUCCAUUUUUUAAUAAGGUGACAACUCAUUUUGAUGUUUCUAUUAGCUUUGUAACUAGAUAAUAAUUUAUAGCUACUUUUUAUGAAAACUUGAUGUAAAGCAACGUGCAAUCUGUUAUUAGCUAUGUUACUUUAAAUUACGAAUGUGACACGUUUAUAAAGAAUGUGUUGUGAAACUAUUUUUAUUUGGAAACUUAUAAAAUAAAUUCCAAUUGAUGUUAGUAAGAGUUUCCUUAAGUCAACGUUUAUGUAUGCAUGUCCUUACAUUCACACCUAAAAAGAGGACAAAAGUGUUUGCUUCUUAAAAAAUAUAAAUUUUCACUUCCGUUUUCUCCUUUCAAACAAUAAAAUCUAGCACAGGUAAGAUGUGAGUGUUUAACAUGUAAUCAAGAGACAUAAAACUUAAAUCUACGAAAAAUAUUUUGGAUGAUUUAUUAGGUUUUUGAUACCAUUUGGUUUUACAUGUUCAUAAAUUUUACUUUUGUUUUUGUAGGUGUAGUUGCUCAUAAAAAAUUAUUUUUAUGUCUCAUUUUUUGGUAAGCGACCAUGAUUACGAACUGCUAUGAUUGUUAUGGUGUCUCAAUUCUUCUUGUUGUUAUCGACCAGAAAGUCCAACUGUAAAUUCCUGUACUCACCCAAAUAAAACCAUCAGCACGCCUUUCAGGUAAGUUGAAUGCAAUGUACGCAGGAUUAAAAUUUUUUAACCUUUGUCUAGGAGAUCAGAGUAAAGUAAUUAAGUUCAGAAAGCUAUUUUCGGCAUUAAAAAUCUCUGGCUGGAAGAAGGCAUAAAAUGUCA